UAGAGCUUGCUGUCCUAAACCCCUGAAAAACCUUAGCAACGGCCAUUAGCCAUGGCGGUUUCUUCCUUUCUAUCGCCAUCUCCUUCGCUUCCAUUUCCUCUUCCCUUUGCUUUCUCUCCAAAGCGUCACCCAGUGACAUCCAUCAAUGUUGUGCUUCAGAGCUUCUCUGCUGUAGCACAGAGACCAGUGCUCGCGAAAGCUAGCUCCACCUACACGACAUGGGAAGGCCUCGACUCCGUCAACAUUGCCGAUGACGUAACUCAGUUGAUCGGAAGAACGCCCAUGGUAUAUCUCAACAAAGUAACAGAAGGUUGUGUGGCCAAUAUUGCUGCAAAACUUGAAUCAAUGCAACCAUGUCGAAGUGUCAAAGACAGGAUUGGUUACAGUAUGAUAUCCAGUGCUGAGGAGAGUGGUGCAAUUUCUCCAGAUAAGACCAUAUUAGUUGAGCCAACAACUGGGAAUACCGGACUUGGCAUAGCUUUCGUUGCUGCAGCAAAAGGCUACAAACUUGUAGCCACCAUGCCUGCAUCCAUAAAUGUUGAAAGGAGGAUCCUACUACGUGCUUUUGGUGCAGAAAUUGUUUUGACAGACCCAGAGAAAGGCCUCCAAGGGGCUAUUGCCAAAGCUGAAGAAAUUCUAAUUAGUAAUCCGAAUGCCUACAUGCUUCAACAGUUUGAUAAUAUUGCUAAUACGAAGGUCCACUUUGAAACUACAGGACCUGAGAUAUGGGAAGAUACCAUGGGCAGUGUUGACAUAUUUGUUGCUGGAAUUGGAACUGGUGGUACGAUUACAGGCACUGGUCGUUACCUAAAUAUGAGGAAAGAAACAAUUCAGAUAGUUGGUGUAGAACCUGCGGAAAGAAGUGUAAUCUCUGGAGAAAAUGCCGGUUAUGUGCCCCCUAUUCUGGAUGUCAAGUUGCUUGAUGAGGUGAUCAAGGUAACCAAUGAUGAAGCUAUAGAAAUGGCCAGGAGAUUAGCAUUGGAGGAAGGCCUACUGGUUGGCAUUUCAUCAGGAGCUGCUGCAGUAGCAGCGAUAAGUUUGGCAAGGAGGCCUGAAAAUGCGGGAAAACUUGUUGUGGUUAUAUUUCCAAGCUAUGGCGAGCGAUACUUAUCGUCGGUACUUUUUCGUUCUAUUUAUGAAGAAGCUCAGAGAAUGUAGACAAGGUAGUAACAAUUUUUUAAGGCACAAGAAUCAGAAAGUAGAGUUGUACACCAAGCGUAAUUGCAUCUAUAUUAGGUAAACAAUCGUUAUUCCAAAAGAUUGAGAAGUUAAAAAAAGGGUGAAAUAAGGGCUUAAAAUGCAAAGAGAAAUGGUGUAAUAUUAUGAACUAGAAUAGAAGACAACGAUCCAUAUCUCAAAAAGUGCUAAUAGAAGUAUAGGAUAGGCGUUUUUAACUAUCGAGCUAUUUUGCAGUAAGUUUUGCCAUUCUUACCAAUAAUCUCACAAAGAACAUGUUUGGCCGAAAAA